AUGGGUGCCCCCCUCCCCGCCCUCCCCUCCUCCUUCAACUCCAGCGCCGAGGAAGCCGAGCCGGAGGCAGUGCUGAGCCGGAUAUGCAGCGACUCCCCGCAUCCCUCCUUACUGGAAGGCGGGUCACGCAGGCCAGCGGGCAGCGGCGGGGGGAGGCCGUGGCCGAGGGGGAGGGAUGCUGCCCGCCCUGCCCGCUCCUCUGCCCCCGCCGCGGGGCCGGGGCCGGCGGCAGCUCCGCGCCGAGGCGGCGGCGUCGUGGUCCCCGGGUGUAGCGGUGCUCCCUCCUCCCUCUCCUGCCUGCCCUACUCUCCUCCCUCUCUCCUCUGCCCACUCCCUCACUCCUCUCCCUGCUCUCUCCUCGGUCUCCCGGUCCCUCUCUGUCUCUCCCGCCUUCCCCCCACGUCUCCCCUUCUCUGCUCCUUGCCCCCUUUGUCUUCUCCCCCUGCCCCCGGCCUUUCCACCCCCUCACCCCCAUUUUUCACGGGGGGGGCUUUUUGCUUUGCCAGGGCAGAGCGCGGUGACGCCGCGGCAGCCACCACGGAGAGGACACAGGACCCCCCCUUGGGCCCGCCAUGCCCCUUUGAGGGGGUGGCCUGGACCCCGAGACCCCCGCAAGGCCCCCCGCAGGGCUGCUUCGCCUGCAUCGCCAAGCCCCCAGCUCUCCGGCAAGCUUCGCCCGUCCUGUCUCCUUCUUCUGCCGUUUAUCUCAUGGAGAGCAAGAGCUGCAAAGGGGACAGCCUGCGGCCAGCGGUCCCGUGCAAGCACUCGGUGGAGAAGAAGACGAUGACCAACCCCACCACUGUCAUUGAAAUCUACCCUGACACCACCGAGGUGAACGACUACUAUCUCUGGUCCAUCUUCAACUUUGUAUACCUCAACUUCUGCUGCCUCGGCUUCAUCGCCUUGGCCUAUUCAUUGAAAGUCCGGGAUAAGAAACUCCUCAAUGACUUAAAUGGAGCAGUUGAAGAUGCCAAGACAGCCCGGCUUUUUAACAUCACCAGCUCAGCCCUUGCCACCUUCUGUAUCAUCCUUAUCUUCAUCUUCCUGCGAUACCCUCUCACUGACUACUGAGUGAGGCCAACAGCAGCUGCCGCCGCCAAAAUGCCUCUAUGCCAGAAGUGUCUGCAGUUUCUUGUAGCAAGAACACACAAAAAAAACCAACCACCACACCUUGAUUGCCAAAAGAAAAAGAAAAAAGGUCAAUUAAAUACAUAAAUAAAAGUUAAAUUAGUUCAUCAGCCCAGCUGAGCAUACCCUUCUUGCCCUGAAAUGGUAUGUGAACAGCUGAAGGAAAAGGUCUCACUCUUACAUAUUCUUACUUCUUACAUGAAGAAAAAUCCUUAAAUUACAUCACUUCUUACAGGAAGAAAAAUAGACCAAAAAGUAUUUGUUUUAUGGCCAACAAGCUGUGUGAAAAGAGCGUGCAAAGCCCAGAGCUACGCACACUUAGAGGCAGACAGCUGAGCUCUAGGGAGCAGUGGGGUCCUGUGGAGCUGGAGACACAUACACUGAUGGAUGGGGAUCAUGGCAGGGCUGGCUCACAACAUAUCAGGUGUGUUCAGACCGCCCCACCACCCCCAGCUUCUGGGGGUUUCUUUUCCUUUUUUCUCUUGAAUUUCAUCCACUGGUUCAAACAACUCCCAACCCCUGGAGAGCUGAAGGUGUUAGGAAGUUCAUGCUAGGGAGCCCCAAAGCCUCCAGAGAAACCCUGAAGUGUUAAAGGGCAGGUUUCUCCCUGGGAUUUCCCAGCAGUGCUGAGAAGGAAGGCAUCUUCUGGAGAACUCACCUAAGCCACCUAAGUGGAGUGCUACUGUAUUUCUCUAAACAGUCAAUAAAAAGAUACCUCUGA